UUAAACGUUCAACAUACUGGGAUCAACAUAAAAGAUUGGGUGCUGGAGGUUCUUCAGGAUUGGGAAAUCGACAUUAAAAAGGUCCUUUGUUUCACAGUAGAUAAUGGCGCAAAUAUUCGUUUAGCCGCUGACCUUUUAGAGGUCCUUGUUGUGCGCUGCCUUGGCCAUACAAUUCAAAAUGGGGUUAACGAAAUUGAAAAAUUACCAGAAAUAAUUGAACUCAAGAAAAGAACUCACGCCAUUCAACAUUUAUUUUCGACAUCGAAAGUCAAAAAUAGAUACCUUUCUUUUAUACAGGAUAUUCACCAGAAAAAGCCAAGAAGUUUACCAGGGCUCACUCCUACUCGGUGGUGGAGUGAAUUACCGCUUGAUAAGGUUCUCAUUAAAGAUGUUAAUUAUCAUAGAGAGUUUUUAGCUCACUACGAAAAUGGAACCUAUAUGCACUUAUUAUUGAAUGAAGGACAAAUGAAUUUGUUGAAAACCUAUUCAGCAACAUUAGAUCCAUUAGAAGAACUAACUUCUGCAAUGUCUGGUGAAAAUUAUGUUACAGCAAGUGCUAUACUUCCAGUCGUGUAUUUGAUUGAGAAAACAAUUGUAGAUGCACAAACGCAAAACAGGGAAUCUACAACGAAUGGUGGUAACAUCACUGCGUCGGCAGAAGAUUCUGAACAGGAUACAUAAUUUUUAAAGCUCAUAAUGGGGAAAUUGUAUAAAAGAUAUUGCCCUGAUUCACUUGGCUUCGGUGAACUGGGUCUUACAGUUCGACAAACGCAAGUUGAUAGACAAAGCGGAAAAAAUUGUCACGAUCUGCUUGUCAAAGUCUCGUUUUUGGAUCCACGAUUCAAAAAUGAUUUAAAAGAGGAGGACAGUAUCUCUGCUAAAUCUCAACUCACUCUAGAGCUUGACCAUGAAUUACCUGCUCGAUUGGCAUCUGACCAAUCUCCGCCAUCAAAAAAGCAAAAGGCAGGACUAUAGCUUCCGUCUUCGCAAAAUUGUCAGGAAAUCGAGAGUCGACGACGAAUGAGACAGUGGACCAGAAGUUUCAGAAAGAACUGAACAGCUAGUCGUUCUAAUGUGGAAAAAAAGAAAGAGUCUACUCGUUUAAAAUUUGCUUAUAAGAGAUUGCUUAGUUUUGCAUCUGAUGUAGGAACUUAAAAAAAACAAUCAAAGAGAAUCCGUGAAAAGAAUAAACCAAAACAGAAAGCGAAGAAUUUGGAGAAGAAAAAAACCGAUUUACUUUAAAAAGAAGCUCAACAUCAACAAAAUGAAAAUAUAUUGAGUAAACAUACGAGGAUGUUGGAGAAUCGCAAGAAACUUGAUGAUUUACUUUCUGACUGGUCCGACUCAGAUUCAAAUGAAUCAAGUGAUCUUUCGUCUGAGCAGAAUAAAGGCGUUGAACUUAAUUCUGAACUGAACAAUUCUCUAGAUGAAAAUAGAAGAAAAGAAACCCCCAGAGUUCUUUCACCGUUUCAACAACAACUUGUACCUUCAUUAUCGGAAGAUAAUGAAGGUUGUUCUUUAAGACAACAAGAAAAUCCGAAAUUGCAAAACAAAAGACCAAAACUGACAACCAAGAGAAUGCUCGAUUUUUCUGAAAAAGUUGUUGAACAAGAAAAUGACUAUUCGAAAAUGGAAAGAAAUGGAACAUCUGAUACUGUUUUACUGGACGCAGAUGAAGAUACAAUACGUUUACCGUCGCCGCCAGAAUCUUAAGGUUAAUAAAUUAUUAAUUAACUAAUUAAAAUAUAUAAAGUUUCAUUACGUAUGAUAUUUAGAAAGAAGAAGAGAAGAAAAUGAGGGAGGGGGAAAUUCAACAUUUCGAAGGCAGUUUACACCUGCAGGACCUGACAAUUCAAGACAUGUGUACACUUUUCACAGAGAGAAUCACAACACUUAUAAUCACUAUUUGCAAAAUAUUAAUCGACCUGAAGAUUGGGUAUGUCUGCUGUACAAAGUUAAAACCUAGUAACCAGUUACUAGGUUUUUAAUUUAGACAGCAGAUGUGUAUAUUAUAUUUUGUGUUCAAAUUUUUUAGAGUCAAUCUAUAAUAGAGGCAUUUCAUUUCAAAUCAUUCCAACGACAAAAAACAAUCGCAAGAAGAGCGAUUUUCUAAUAAAUUUAAUUAUUUAAAAAUUUAAUUAUUUUGAACAUAUUAUACACUGAAUCGAAAGAGAAUUUCAUGAACUUUCUAGUGCUAUUUUAAUUUUUUAACUUUUUCUCAAUUUCGUAGAGAAAUUCCUGUUUGAAAGUUGAAAUUCUUAAUAUCUCAAAACAUCCCCCCGUCGAUUUUUAUCAAAAUUAUAUGAAAAUAAAGCUUAACUUUUCUAGUUUCCAAUAUAUUAUGGACAUUUAAUGGGAUUAAUAGAAAAAAAA